AUGAUAAAUUGUCAUUCUAAAUUAUUUAUUAUCAUUUAUUCAUAUUACAUUGCCAUUUCAAGUAUAAUUAUCUGUCAUAUUUUAUUUAGAUAGAUUAACAACAAGAUAAAUGUCAAGUUUUAUAAUAAUAAAUGCAUCAAUUUAAUUGCAUAAUAUAAUAAUUAUAUAUAAUAAAAAUGAAUUUCCUAUAUUAAUAGAUAUUAAUUGUAAUUCUAAACUUAUUAUUAUGCAUUCUAAACGAUAAUAUUCAUUUCAAGAGUAAUGUCCAUCAUAAAAGAUAUCUCAUCUAUAAUUAAAAAGAGUUCAUUCAGUGACUAAUCCACUUCAAGAUGAGGUAAAACAAAAAUAAUAAUAAAUUGAAAAGACCGUAUAUCAGUUGAUUUUUACACAUCAAGUAAUUAAGAACAUAGAAAUUGUCUCUUUGUCUAAAGAAAAAGAUAACAUCUCUCUUCACAAAAAACAUAUAGUUCAUUAUGUUAUAUAAAUCAACACAGACUAUUUUGACUAUUAAAUUUAAAGAAGGUACAAAUAAUUUCUUGAGCUAUAUAAAUAAGUAUCAAAUUUAUAUUUUUUUAGUUAAAACCUAAUUUCAAAUUUAAUGAAUUUCCCCAGAAAAAAUUGUUUAAAUCAAAUAAAAGUGAGGUUGUUUAAGAAAGAAGGAAAUCAUUACAAAGUAAAUUAAUGGCUAAAAUAUUAGAAUUCUUAUAAACUAUCCUCUCUAGUCUAGAAUAACAAAGACCAAUUGAAUUUUUAAAGUUUAUAGAAAUUAAAGAACAAUUUAUGAAGAAGGGAUUUGAUAAUAUUAAAUUACAUGGACUCAGCAGUGAUCAAUUUAAUUUAGAUUCAUUAUUAGAACCUGAAUUAUAGAAGCAUUAACCAUAAAACGAUAUUGAAAAGACUGUACUUUGUUAUAUUCAUAAACUUAAUAGUCGUAAGGAGGAUAGAAUGAAAAUUAUAAAGUAUACUAUUAAAAUUCUAUUAGAUAAGUUAACUUGAAAAUAUUUUAUUCGGAAAACUAUAAUAUUUAUCAUACAAUAUCAUGCAAUUCUUAUUUAUAGGAGAUAAAGAUAAAGAAAUUAUGGGUUUAACCUAAAUGAUAUAAAAUGAUUCAGAUUCUCAUAUCUAAUGCAAUUGUUUACUUUCUUUCUUAAGUAAAUUGUUAGACUUUGAAUAUAAUCCAUGUAAUUUAAUUUAUUCUAAUUGAAGUUGCUGAAAUUUCUUUGAAAGCAUUUUGUGAAUUGAAUAUGAAAUAAAUCAAGCAAAUGAAAUUGUAAAAUCACAUCAAAGAUAAUUAAUAAAAUAAAUGUUACAAAAAUGCUUUAUAAUUGCUACACAAAUAUUUAGAAGGCAAUCCAUUAUUAGAUUAAAGCAUAGUUAAAUUUUUAAUUGAAGAUGAAGAGGUAUUAAGAAUUUACCAAANGUUCAUUCAGUGACUAAUCCACUUCAAGAUGAGGUAAAACAAAAAUAAUAAUAAAUUGAAAAGACCGUAUAUCAGUUGAUUUUUACACAUCAAGUAAUUAAGAACAUAGAAAUUGUCUCUUUGUCUAAAGAAAAAGAUAACAUCUCUCUUCACAAAAAACAUAUAGUUCAUUAUGUUAUAUAAAUCAACACAGACUAUUUUGACUAUUAAAUUUAAAGAAGGUACAAAUAAUUUCUUGAGCUAUAUAAAUAAGUAUCAAAUUUAUAUUUUUUUAGUUAAAACCUAAUUUCAAAUUUAAUGAAUUUCCCCAGAAAAAAUUGUUUAAAUCAAAUAAAAGUGAGGUUGUUUAAGAAAGAAGGAAAUCAUUACAAAGUAAAUUAAUGGCUAAAAUAUUAGAAUUCUUAUAAACUAUCCUCUCUAGUCUAGAAUAACAAAGACCAAUUGAAUUUUUAAAGUUUAUAGAAAUUAAAGAACAAUUUAUGAAGAAGGGAUUUGAUAAUAUUAAAUUACAUGGACUCAGCAGUGAUCAAUUUAAUUUAGAUUCAUUAUUAGAACCUGAAUUAUAGAAGCAUUAACCAUAAAACGAUAUUGAAAAGACUGUACUUUGUUAUAUUCAUAAACUUAAUAGUCGUAAGGAGGAUAGAAUGAAAAUUAUAAAGUAUACUAUUAAAAUUCUAUUAGAUAAGUUAACUUGAAAAUAUUUUAUUCGGAAAACUAUAAUAUUUAUCAUACAAUAUCAUGCAAUUCUUAUUUAUAGGAGAUAAAGAUAAAGAAAUUAUGGGUUUAACCUAAAUGAUAUAAAAUGAUUCAGAUUCUCAUAUCUAAUGCAAUUGUUUACUUUCUUUCUUAAGUAAAUUGUUAGACUUUGAAUAUAAUCCAUGUAAUUUAAUUUAUUCUAAUUGAAGUUGCUGAAAUUUCUUUGAAAGCAUUUUGUGAAUUGAAUAUGAAAUAAAUCAAGCAAAUGAAAUUGUAAAAUCACAUCAAAGAUAAUUAAUAAAAUAAAUGUUACAAAAAUGCUUUAUAAUUGCUACACAAAUAUUUAGAAGGCAAUCCAUUAUUAGAUUAAAGCAUAGUUAAAUUUUUAAUUGAAGAUGAAGAGGUAUUAAGAAUUUACCAAAACUUUAAAUCUUAAAGAAAAACACUUGAUAGUGCAAAAAACUUGGAUUCUUCAGAUGAAUACAUCACUCCUGCAAGCACAUCAGAAACAAUAAGAAAAUUUUCAUCAAAAGAUAUGAUUCUAUUGGAAGACGAUAAUACUCCAUAAUUUCUAAUUAAAAUACUGACUCUAAAUUAUAAUUGGAAAUUAGUGAAAUGUAAUGUAAAUGUUUAUUUGCUUUAGAGUAUAAAAAUUGCAGUUUACUUCAUUUAUAAGGUUAGAUAAUAAAGAAUUCCUACAUUCUAAAAUGCAAUUAAAUUCAAAAAAUUUAUAAAUUAUUUACUGAAUAAAAGUAAUGGAGAAAUUCUUUCAAAAAGUUUCAAAUAAUAGAUUAAAUAGAUGAGAAUAAUUUUAUAGCAUUAGAAUCUUCUAUAUGGAGUAUAAAGUCUUCUUAUUAAACAUUUAUUUUUCUAAGUAAGUUUUCUUUAAAGGAAUAAAGUGAAAACAAAAUAUCUUUCACUGUAGAAUUUUUAAAAGAUAGUUUAAAAGUUUACAUGAAUUAUGUCAAGAAAAAUGAACUUUUAUGUAUAAAUUUUAGAAACUUUAGGUAAAAAGGUUUCCUAUGUAGAAAUAUUCAAAAUUGAUUAAGAAAGAAUAGAAGUUAUAACUGUGACCAAUUUGAUUGAUUAAGAAUAAAAAAAUCAUGUAUUACCCUCUUUACUCAAUGAAGAUAAUUCAUAUGAAGUUUAAAUUGAUAAACUUUACUAACUAUUAUGA